AUGCGCGAUUACUUAAGGAGGAGUUUGAGGCUUGUCGAGUUGUCAUGUCAGACUCGUGUCAGUCAUGUGACUGCCUGGCACGCCAUCUCCAGUAACAGUUCAGGCUACGGGGAAAACGGGGGAAAAAACAAAAUAUUUAUCUCUAGUUUAAACCUGUUUUGCUUCUCUCUCUCUUGCUUGUUUUUCUGUCGCAUCCAGGUCUGGGAAGGACGAUGGCGGGUUAUUCCUCAUGAUGUGCUUCCUGACUGGCUUAAGGACAAUGAUUUUCUACUUCAUGGCCACAGACCUCCUAUGCCUUCUUUCCGGGCAUGUUUCAAAAGCAUCUUCAGGAUCCACACAGAGACAGGAAACAUCUGGACACACCUGCUAGGCUGUGUAUUUUUCCUGUGCCUUGGAGUUUUCUAUAUGUUCCGUCCAAAUAUCACCUUUGUGGCCCCAGUGCAGGAAAAGGUGGCAGUUGGAAUGUUCUUCUUGGGAGCCAUUCUUUGCCUUUGUUUCUCCUGGUUGUUCCACACUGUUUACUGUCAUUCGGAAGCAGUUUCACGGAUGUUCUCCAAGUUAGACUACUCAGGCAUCGCACUACUAAUCAUGGGAAGUUUUGUCCCUUGGCUCUACUACUCAUUCUACUGCAGCCCUGAACCUCGUUUCAUCUACUUAAUAGUUAUUUGUGUCUUGGGCAUUAUAGCCAUUGUUGUAUCCCAGUGGGAUAGGUUUGCUACACCACAGUACCGAGGAGUGAGAGCAGGCGUCUUUGUUGGUCUAGGACUGAGUGGGCUUAUUCCAACCUUGCAUUUCAUGUUUGCAGAAGGCUUCAUCCGUGCCACCACAAUAGGACAGAUGGGUUGGCUGUUUCUCAUGGCGUUCCUUUACAUCUCUGGAGCAGCUCUAUAUGCUGCCCGCAUCCCAGAGCGUUUUUUCCCUGGAAAGUGUGACAUUUGGUUUCAUUCGCAUCAGCUGUUUCAUAUACUGGUGGUGGCAGGAGCUUGUGUCCAUUUUCAUGGUGUCUGCAACCUUCAGGAAUUUCGUUUUACCACUGGUGGAGGCUGUAGUGCAGGGGAUGCUCUAUAACUGGAGCAUACACUGGGACAAGGUAAAACUGAAGCUGACGUCACACAACAGCUACUCUCUCGCUGCGUUGCCACCUUCAUUCCACAGGGUACUGCUGCUUGUCACUGAUAAACUGCCUGUCCAGUUGUUAGAUGACUUCUGGACAAUGCAGUAUUACAGUCACUACACCUGCCUGACACUACUGGCUGCAGGAGGAGUUCAUCUCAGAAAAGGGGCGACUGCGAUGAGAGUAGAUCUAAGCACACCAAGAUGGAUGACAAAAGGAACACUUCUAACUGUGAGCAUUCCCCCUUUUCUGGGGAAUGCAGAAUUAUCUAAGUGCAAAUUUUAAUUUAAAAUGGAAGUACAAGUACAGCGAGACAGAGAUAAAGUGGCUGCACAUUAUGAAACCAAAUUGUUUCCAGAAUGAUUUAUUUCUUUAAAAAAGUGAAGCAUGACUUGGGACUUUACAGGUGUGACCAUGAUUGAUUUCUGCUUUAUAGCUGAAUUUGGCAGUGUUUUUGAAUGAAACUUGAGUAGUGUAAAUAAGAUUUCUAAGUUUCAAUUAUAUGAAAUAUUAUUUUAAAGACUAUUAUCUUUAGUAUAGUAUGAGCGCCUGAGAGUACCACUCACUGUUAUUUAAACUUUGCACAAAUGAGAUUGGCUUUGGAGGGUCAUGUAUGUAUAUGUGCACUAUACCCUGUGAUGACAAGGUUUUGCCUUCUUUACUGGUAAACAAGGCCCCACUGUGCUGUGUCACCACACCAAAAUGGGUCAGGAUGCAGGUUUCUAGUCCCACUGUUCCAGAGUUAGUGCCACUAGCUGUGUCUUCUCUAGGCAAAGAUGGAUAGGUAGAUGAAAGGGAGUAGUUUCUGGAGGUGUUUUAGCAGAGCAUCAGAACUGUUUGUCAGAUGUUGUAGCAUUGUUAUUUUACAUCUGAUUAGGCUACAUUUGCUGAAGUCAGCCAAGAAGACAUGAGCUCUGAAAGGUCUGUAAUGCAGCGAUUUUACAUCUUGCUGCAUGUCUGUGACCCUCAGUAGUAGCUGGCAUUGUACAAUCUUGUGUCGUAUUUCCUCCGUCACAACUGGGGUUUGAACAGCAGACAAUAUGCACACUACAUUGUUGCUCUUGUGCAUUAGUGACAAGUAGUAUAAAGUAAACACAAAGCCAUAUAAAUAUAUGGAUGCACAGGUGCCUGGUGUCAUUUUUGUUGGCACCAAGCUUUGAACUGCCUGUUUUGAUAUGUUUUGGAAACCAGCAAAAUAAAAGUAGUUACACAAAUGAUCACAGGUAUACUUUUUAUGCAUAGACAUUUUUGCAACUGUACUGUACAACUAAAGAAACUGUACAACUAUAUCAUGUGCACAUUUUUAAGCUACAUAUCAGGACUUCUCAUGCAAGACAGCUUUUAAUAUUUAAAAUAAAUGGUACAGAUGUGUGAGUUGAAGAAUAUCCAGAGCAGCUGGAAAACAAUUAUGAUAGACUGUGCUCUUCAUUAGUGUUACUAAUAAAAAGUGUUUUCUCUUUUCGCAAA